AUGGUUUCAGUUGACGAGGCUCAGAAGCUUGUUCUCGAGCACGCGAAACCGCUUGCAGCGGACGGCUACGCGGUGGUGGCAGCGGACGGGCCGGGCGAGUAUCCCAUCAUUGCCGAGGCGCGUGCCGGGGAUGAUGCGGCCAAUGUGGUGGUGACACCUGGCACCGUCGCUUACAUCACCACUGGAGGCCCGGUUCCCCAGGGUGCAGACGCGGUGAUUCAAGUGGAGGACACUCUUCCUGUUGACCCCUCCAGCGGCCAGAGGCGUGUGACUAUAGUGAAGGGCGCUACAGUGGGGCAAGACAUCCGCCCUGUGGGCUCGGACCUGGCAGCGGGUACGGUGGUGCUGCAGGCAGGGGAGCAGCUUGGGCCAGCGGAAUUAGGACUGCUGGCAACCGUGGGAGCAGCUCGCGUGCACGUGCACCGGCAGCCUCUAGUGGCAGUCCUCUCUACAGGCGAUGAGCUCAUAGACCCUGCACAGAAUUCCAGCGCCACUCUCCCUCGCGGCAUGAUAAGGGAUGCCAAUCGAUCCAUGCUGCUUGCUGCUGUGCGGCAACACAUAGGAGCAGCAGCAGCAGCAUCAGCAGCAUCAGGAGCAAGCUGCCCUCCCCCUAUGGAUCUGGGGAUAGCAGCGGAUACAGAGGAGGCAGUGACAGCAGCAUUUGAGCGAGCACUAGCAGCGAGGGUGGAUGUGGUGGUGGCGUCUGGAGGGGUGUCCAUGGGCGAUAGGGACUUUGUCAAGCCGCUGCUGGAAAGGCUUGGCACUGUGCAUUUCGGGCGGGUACACAUGAAGCCGGGAAAACCGCUCACCUUUGCAACCAUCGAAACCCCUUCAGAUAAGACGGACGGCGCCACCCAGCCGCACCGAACGAUUGUUUUCGGGCUGCCCGGGAAUCCGGAGUUAAUGCACCGCACUGCAUCCCAUUGCACACCUCUUCCUCCCCCAUCCACCAGGGUGCAGGCCCACAUCUCCUCUGCUCUCCGCCUCGAUCCAGAGCGCCCAGAGUACCACCGGGCGUCCCUCCGCUGGGAACCCAACGUACCUGCUGCCCUCGCCUCCCCUACUGCUGCUGCCUCAGCUGCUACGUCUAUUCCUCCCUCCUCCGCCGCUGUCUCUGGGUUCAUAGCGGACAGCACAGGCAGGCAGAUAAGCAGCCGGCUCCUCUCCAUGCGCUCAGCGCACUGCCUGCUUGAGCUACCCCAGGCAACCGGUUCCCUCGCUGCUGGCUCUCUUGUCUCGGCGCUGUUGCUGCCAGAUGCUGCUGCGUGCCUGGCAGUUCCUGGGAUGGCAGUGGGGAGGACGGAAGGAGGGGGGCCUCAAAGCGCUGCUGCUUCUGCCCCUGCUGUUGCUGCUGCUGCUGCUUCCUCUCCUUCUCCUGCCGGUUCUGCUGCCUCCACUGUGGGUGCGGGUGUGCGGGUGGCGAUUCUGACUGUCAGUGACACGGUGGCAGCAGGCCUAGCAGCAGACGCCAGUGGUCCCAGGGCAGUGCAGGCAGUGCAGAUACUGCUGCCAGCAGCAGCAGUGGUGGCGACAGCUGUCGUUCCAGACGACCCAGACAAGAUAGCAGCGCAGGUCAAGGCGUGGGCAGAUGGGGAAGAAAUUUCUGCGUCAACUGAUGGGAGCACUGGUGCUGCUGCUGCUGCUGAUGGGGGCAGUAGUGGUAGAGUUGGUGCUACUGUUGGAGCAGUGGAUGUGAUUAUAACGACAGGAGGCACAGGGUUCUCUCCCCGGGAUGUCACCCCUGAGGCUUGUGCACCGCUCUUCCACCGCUCUGCACCGGGCCUCACCCAUGCCAUGCUGCAGGAGAGCCUCAGGAUCACCCCCUUUGCCAUGCUCUCGCGCAUGGCUGCAGGAAUUCGGGGUUCCACUCUGAUCCUGAACCUGCCCGGAAACCCCAACGCGGUGUCAGAAUGCCUGGCUGCUCUCAUGCCGGCUCUGCCCCAUGGGCUGAAGCAGCUGAAAGGGGACAAGCGGGAGAAGCAUCCACGCCACACGCCCCACCCUGGCAUAACCAAGUGA